AUGAACGCGGAAGACGCAUCUCCGGCAGCGGCCAUAGCGCGGUGGAAGUUCGAGGCAUCACGGCGGUACCAACACAUUCUCGAUAAAUCAACGCCGCACGUGGGGCAGCGAUGGUUGGGUUGCCUCGUGGUUGCAUUGGUGUACGUGCUUCGUGUUUACAUGGUGCAAGGCUUCUACGUUGUCUCCUACGCUCUCGGCAUUUACAUCCUCAACCUCUUGAUCGGAUUCCUUUCGCCUCAGGUUGAUCCGGAGAUUCUCGACGCUGAUCAUGGUCCAUCGCUUCCUACCUCCGGUUCGGAUGAGUUUCGUCCAUUCGUUCGUCGUUUACCUGAGUUUAAGUUCUGGUACUCAAUCACAAAGGCAUUUUGCAUUGCGUUUGUGAUGACUUUCUUCAGUGCAUUUGAUGUCCCUGUGUUCUGGCCGAUACUCCUCUUCUACUGGGUGGUCCUAUUCACGCUUACUAUGAGGAGACAGAUAGCUCAUAUGAUCAAGUACAAAUAUGUACCAUUCUCAAUUGGAAAACAGCGCUAUGAUGGGAAGAGAGCAUCAGCAGAAAUUUCGGAGGACUGA